UAUUGUUUUUCAUUUACUGCAUUAUGCUUGUAUUUAAUUCAAAAAUGUAUUGCUAAUAAUAAAAAUAAAUAAUAAUAAUAAUAUAGAUAAGGAUAUAUUUUGAGAAACUGCCGUCCAGAUGUUUUAGUUUAUUUUAGUUUGCAUUGAGAACAUGAGCGACCAUGGAGACAAUAUUCCCAACGAUGAAGAACUAAUCAAUGGUGAACAGACCAGUGAUAUGUCUGAAGCAGCCAACGGCUUUAACAGUAGAAUCCUAGUGGUUCUUCUGGAACCUUUGCCUACAGGACCCUCUCUAGUGCCUCCUCAACUCAAUGGCGUCCUUAGAGGUCCGAACUACCAUUUGUCUCAAGUAAAUGGCCUGCAAGUCAAUCGAAACCUUCAGCCGGUGCAGAGUGCCGCAGUGCAGCCUCCCCCUUUAGAAAAUAUGAGAUUACGAAAUAUGAUAUUACGUUCAAGAUACAGGGACCCAAGAGCUGAAAUUCAUCAAACAGAUCCAAGAACUGCUGCAAGAAGGGAGAGCAGGCAGAAUAAUAAUCAAGAUGAUGUUUGUGUAGCAGGUCAAUCCCAGUACAACCCUCGGCCUUAAUUUUUAUGCAUUUCUUUUCAUUAUUUUUGUUAAAACAUGUUCGUUCCUGUGUUCCACGAUUUUAUUAGCUUUUCUUUGAGGGAGGAGGAAGAUUACUUAGAGGAAGAUUGGGGAAAUAUGUUUCUGUCAAUAAACUUCUUUUCUGUUGUAUUAAGUGAAGAAAGAAAAUCUUUAAAACAUUAAAUUAUUAUAUUAUCUAUGUAUUCUUAUUUUUUAUUCUCAUUGGCUAACCUUCCAUUAUUCACAGUUUAUGAUAUGCUAUUCAAUGUGUGUUGUAAAUUAUCUCUGC